AUGCAUCAACCUUUAGGUUUUGUUGAUCGGAGUGCACCCACUUAUGUAUGUCGACUUUGUAAGGCUCUAUAUGAAUUGAGGCAAGCUCCUCGAGCUUGGUACCAGCGUUUUGCGAAAUAUUUGGUCAGAUUGGGUUUUAUCAUUGCUAAAAGUGACAACACUCUCUUUACCUUUCGACAAGGUGAUGAUAUGGCAUAUUUGCUCCUUUAUGUUGAUGAUAUUAUAUUAGCUACCUCUUCUGAUAGGUUGUGUGGGGGGAUCAUAUCUCAACUGCAAACUGAGUUUCCUAUGUUUGAUUUUGGCCCUCUGAUUUAUUUUUUAGGCAUUGCGGUGACUCGUACUCCUUCCUAUUUGCUACUAUCCCAACAAAAAUAUACACAGGAGAUUUUAGAGAAUGCAGGUAUGGGCUCUUGUAAACCUGCAGCUACUCCGGUUGACACUAAGUCCAAACUUAGUUUAAAUUCAGGACCACCUUUUCGGGAUCCUACUUUGUAUCGCAAUUUAGUAGGUGCUCUUCAGUACCUUACUUUUAUAAGACCUGAUAUUCCCUAUGCGGUGUAA